UUAAAACUGUUGUUUUUGUUACAAGGCUGAAGAGGAAUGAAUCUUCCUCCUCCGUCCAGAACUACUUUCAUUUGGAUUCUCUUCAAAAGAAACUCAAGGACCUUGAAGAGGAGAAUGUUGUGCUUAGAUCUGAGGCCUGUCAGCUGAAGACUGAAACAAUUACUUACGAAGAGAAAGAACAACAGCUUGUCAAUGACUGUGUAAAAGAGCUAAGGGAUGCAAACAUCCAGAUUGCCAAUAUCUCCGAAGAGUUAGCAAAGAAAACCGAAGAUGCUGCCCGGCAGCAGGAAGAAAUCACCCAUCUUCUUUCUCAGAUAGUCGAUCUGCAGAAAAAGGCAAAAGCUUGUGCAGUUGAAAACGAGGAACUUGUCCAGCAUUUGGGAGCAGCUAAAGAUGCCCAGAGACAGCUCACAGCAGAGUUGCGGGAGCUGGAAGACAAGUAUGCAGAGUGCAUGGAAAUGCUUCAUGAGGCUCAAGAAGAGCUGAAAAACCUUAGAAACAAGACUAUGCCAAAUGCCAUAUCACGUCGGUACCACUCUCUCGGUCUCUUCCCUAUGGAUUCUUUGGCAGCAGAGAUAGAAGGGUCAAUGAGGAAAGAACUGCACUUAGAUGAACCUGACUCUCCUGACUUGGCUCAUCAGAAGCGGGUCUUCGAGACGGUGAGAAGUGUUAACCAAGUUGUCAAGCAGAGAUCCAUGACUCCAUCACCAAUGAAUAUCCCAGGCUCCAACCAGUCCUCUGCUAUGAACUCAGUCAUUUCUAGCUGUGUCAGCACUCCACGUUCCAGUUUCUAUGGGGGAGACAUCUCUAACAUUAUGAUAGACAACAAGACCAAUAGCAUCAUCCUAGAGACAGAAUCCUCUGACAAUGGAAAUGAAGACAGGAUGAAGAAGCCUGGAACUCCGGGGACUCCAGGCUCCAGUGACCUAGAGACUGCCCUUCGUAGGCUGUCCCUCAGGCGGGAGAAUUAUCUCUCAGAGCGGAAGUUCUUCGAAGAAGAGCAGGAAAGGAAGUUGCGGGAACUGGCAGAAAAGGGCGAGCUCCAUAGCGGUUCUGUUACCCCCACAGAGAGCAUCAUGUCUCUGGGAACUCACUCCAGAUUUUCAGAAUUCACUGGAUAUUCAGGAAUGUCCAUCAGCAGUCGCUCCUACCUGCCAGAAAAGCUUCAGAUUGUGAAACCACUAGAAGGUUCUGCCACUUUGCACCACUGGCAGCAGCUGGCUCAGCCUCACCUGGGCGGGAUCCUGGACCCGAGGCCUGGGGUUGUCACUAAGGGCUUCCGGACACUGGACCUGGACCUGGAUGAAGUGUACUGCCUUAAUGACUAUGAGGAAGAUGAGACAGGUGACAUUUCUUACAAGGGCCUAACUACCUCGACGCCAGUUCAGCACACAGAGACCUCAGUACCUCAUCCUGGGAAGUGCAUGUCACAAACCAACUCCACCUUCACCUUCACCACCUGCCGCAUUCUGCACCCUUCCGAUGAACUCACACGAGUCACACCAAGCCUUAACGCAGCACCUACUCCAGCUUGUGGCAGCAUUAGCAAUUUGAAAGGCACCCCAGUGGCUACUCCCUGUACUCCUCGGCGUCUGAGUUUGGCCGAAUCCUUCACUAACCUCCGGGAAUCCACAACAACGAUGAGCACAUCUCUGGGGCUGGUGUGGCUGCUGAAGGAAAGGGGCAUCUCGGCAGCAGUGUACAAUCCACAGAGCUGGGACAGAGCUAGCAAAGGCACCCUCCUGAACACAUACCCCCCUAAAAUGGCGAUCAUUCCUUCCACUCCACCAAACUCACCUAUGCAGACACCUUCUUCAUCCCCUCCAUCUUUCGAGUUCAAGUGCACCAGCCCACCUUAUGACAACUUCUUAGCUUCGAAGCCUGCUAGUUCAAUCUUGAAAGAGGUGAGGAAUAAAAAGAACAUCAGGAACAGUGAGAGUCAGACUGACGUGUCUGUUUCCAACCUUAAUCUCGUGGACAAAGUCAAGAGGUUUGGUAUCGCCAAAGUUGUGAGUUCAGGGCAAACGUCAGCUCCUCCUUUAACUGAUGACCAGGGACCUCUUCUGUGUGGGGCACAGGGACCGGUGAGGGCCCUUGUUCCUGGAGGCCUGGCACCAGACGGUCUCCCAUUGGGCUGCCCUGCCGUGACCAGUGCCAUCGGGGGCAUCCAGCUGAACACUGGCAUCCGAAGGAAUCGGAGCUUCCCCACCAUGGUGGGUUCCAGCAUGCAGAUGAAAGGCCCGACGUCUCUCACUUCGGGGAUCCUCAUGGGAACCAAGCUCCCGAAACAAACUAGCUUACGAUGAAGGACUUUAUUUUUACAGCUAGUCUUUUUAAAUAAAAAUACUCAGAUUCUUUCUCCGAUCUUGUUUUCUUUUCCCCACCGCCCCUUCAUUGCCUCUUGAGUUUGACAAAUCAACUUUGUGCCUAAUGGGAGAAAUAUGUAAACUUUGUACAAAAUGUGUAAAUAUGUACCAGAUCUGUUGUAACUAAUUGGAUUAUUUUACUGUUCAAUUGAGUGCAAAAGGCUCUACGCUAUGAUUACUGUAUUAAGGUUAACUUGCUAACUUUUUGAAAAGGUUUUUUUUUUAAGAUGCACUGA